GGACCACUGGGCAGCAGGACUUGGGAUGUCAUUUUGUCUCCUGAGUAAAGAUUCCUGGUGCCUGAUGUGUGUCUCAAAGUAAAGAUCCUCCAGGUGUAGCUGUGGGGCACGAGCAAAGGCUGCUGGCAGUCACAUGAACUGCAAAGUCUGCAGGUAACAAACAUGGUGAUUGUUUAGAGGGGAACAUAAAACAUCAGGCACUCCACAGACAGCAAAACACGUAUUUCCUACUGGGUCAAACAGCAGCACUUUUCUAAGUGUAAUGAAAAUACCCAAAAUUUUCAAAUGGAGAGUCAUUGCCAAGAAAGGAAAAGAAAAUACAGCAAAGAUUGUGGCACGCUUUAUAAUAAAGCCUGUAACAAAACAUAUGAGAAAAAGACCUGGAUGAGCAGCCUAGAGAGAGAAUACAAAAAACUGCCAGCAGAAUUUUUCAAACAUUAUCUGAAGCAGGAAGCUGGUGGGGGCCAGGAGGUCAGUAAAUAAGUGGUACAAAGGCAAAAUGGGUGAGCAAAAGUGGGACAGUGUAGAAAGGCUGAAUGGAUUACUGGCUGUAGUGCUCCUUCAGACAUGGCCAGGGAGGUCGUGGCAGCCACUCUCUGCAGCCUGAAGUGUUAUCAGACAGAAUUGGCAACAGAAGAAGUUUAAGGAGGAAAGAGGAAAAAAAAAGGAUAAAUAAUCUGUGGCAAAGGACCAGCCCAAAUGUCUUUUGAGUUACAGAAAACUAAAGAUGACAUUAAAAAAUGUUUAGGGAGUGUAUUAAACCCUUAUUUAAGGCAAGCUUGACACCAAAGGGCUGCAUUACAGCAAUAAUGCCCCUCUUAAGAGGGAUCCUUCCACAGCCUAGGGAGAACCAGGUCCUUAGGCUCCCUUUCAGCAUCAGGAAAGUCAGUAGAAGCAAAGAGUAUUUACAGACAGAUAAACAUGAGAAAAGUCAAUGCAGCUUUUGUACUGGGCAUGCCUGACAUCCAUGAUGGUAUCAGUAAGAACACAAAUGUGCUGAGCAGAUCAAGGUCUUGUGGCAGUGUUUGCAAAAGGCUUUUGAUAAGAAUCUUCCACCAAGGCCCUUAGGAAACUCCAUUCUCAUGGAGAAGGAGAGAGACCUAGCCCCCAGGCUGGAACCAAGACUGGAAUGAGUUGACAAGAUCACAGCAGUGAUAGUAUCAGAAGGUGCUCAGAAAUAUCAGAAGGGAUGAAUAAUGAAGUAAUUAAGCUUCCUGAUGCCACAAAGUAAUUAAGAAUAAUCAAAACUUAAGUUGACAUUGUGAAACUGCAGAAGGAGCUCUGAUACUGAUGGAGCCACAAAAUGAUAUUUUUCUUUGAACUUCAGAGCUGAAAAAGGUAGUGGGCAAAACCAUUUUACCCAUAAAUACCCAUCAAUACUCUCUGAGUUAGUUCAUACAGAGCACUGAAAUGGCUGCCCAGAGAGGCUGUGGAAUGUCCGUGUCCAGAGAUGCUCAAACCCCACGUGGAUGUGUUCCUGUGUCACCUGCUCCAGGUGAUCCUGUGUUGGCUGGAUUGGACUGUUUGAUCUCCAGUGGUCCCUUCCAACCCAACAAAUCUGUGGUUCUGUGAUUUUUGGAAGGAGGCGCUGGCAUCUUGCUGUCUUGAUUGAGCUAUUUACUUGUCUGAUUCUUACCCUCUUCCUCUCUUGGCAGAUGUUAAUGGCCCAGUGCUGCAGACAGGAUCCUGGGCUCAGCAGAUGCUUUAUCUGACCCAGCACAGUUGUCAUAUUCCCCUGUUCCAUUGUAAUGCAUGUCUCAAAUCAUUACUUUGGAAAUGGGUUUCUCCCAGUUAAGCUGAACCAAAGAUGUGAGAAUCCUGAAUUCCACAUCUUAGUAGCAGAGGGACAAGGCUUCCUCAUAAGGAACACCCGGCUGGAAAAGUGCAUCCGUGCCUCCCAGGAGACCAACAGCAUCAGCCUGGCCAGCUGCAAGGAGCACUCCCAGCAGCAGAGGUGGGGCUGGGACCCCGACACGGGCACCAUCGUCAGCCUGCACACGGGGCGCUGCCUGUCGGCACACAGGAUGCGCCAGAACGCCCUGGUCAAGCUGGAGCCCUGCGGAGACUGGGAACGCCAGGCAUGGUCCUGCAGCAGGAAGGGACAUUUGACUCUGCAGAGCUUGGGCUUCCACCUUGGCACCAAGGAGGGAGGCCACAAGGUGUUUGUCUCGAGGGAGAAGGACAAGUUCAGCAGGUGGAAGACGCUGGCGGAUGAAACCGUCUGUGCUGCUGCCCGGACAGCAGCUGGGAGACCCAGCAAACCAACACCACAAGCUCUAGACACACGAGUGCGGAUCUAUGAAACUAAAACCAUUGAUUCGUCAAAGAUCGAUGCUGUGGACAGAGAGUCUUCUGUGAGCUUGACUGACCCCCCUCUGGCUAACAAGUUCAACAGCACAGUGUCUCCAGCAAAGACCAAACAGGCACAGCUCCCAGCAAAUGAGGAUCCAUCCCACAACCACUCCAAGAAACAUGGAAAUCGGGGGAAAAACACUGGGGCCAGGCUUGCAGGCACGAACUGGAAGACAGCCAUGCUGGUCCUCAGCCCCCUGGCUUUCAUACUGGGAUUAAUAAUACUGACACUCAAUGUUCACUACAACAAGAAGAAGAAGAUCCUCUCUGCUCUGAAGAGCUCUCCCGCCCACAGCAGCCGAGCUGAUUUACGGGAGCCGGCCCCUCUGCGCAGAGGGAUCCAUCCCCAGCCGCGCCUGCCGCCAUCCCGCUCCCCCUCCCUGAGGCGGGGAGAGAUCCUCAUCGAGUGGAAAGACGGGACUGUCACUCCUCUUUUUGACAACAUCAAUUACCAAGUGGACUAGCUGCAGAAUGACAGAGCUUUUGUUCCCUCCCGUGUCACUGCUCCCACCAGGAGGGCUGCCACCACAGCUAUCUCCUCCCUGCCAUUGCUGUUUUGACAGGAAGCACAGUUUGGCAUUUUUUCUAAACACUUGAGUACAAUCUUCUUGCACAGGACAAGGGCUGAAGCAAGCAGAGUAGAUUGUUUGGUUUGUAUAGGCACAUGCUGCUUAGCAAUUUCAGAACUGCUUUAACCCAUAAGAAACCUCAGGUUUCCCUAAAUGAAGCUGGGACUACUGCCAGCUGCAACUGCCCAUGGAAUCAAAAUUAAAGUUAUUAAGCAUAUGAAAAAGUGAAUCUUUGAAGACAAGGCAAAAGGUAAAAAGCAAAAGUCCUGAUGAUCCUUAAAUUCUUUUUAAGAUAAAACUAGCUGCCAAUAGAGACAGAAGACCAUCAGUUACAUUGUCAGUGUGAGAAUGUAAUUAAUAAGCACUGCCUUCUAUAAAAUCUCUUCCUGAGAUCUGCCAAAAUAUUCAUCCCCACUAAGUUGUCAAUUAAGUAACAGCAAGUCAUUUUUCUAACUGAAAAGGUAACACUCCACUGUCCUCUCUGCAUCACUGCAAGAGCCCUGCUGAGAGAGCAUGUGUCUCUCAAAACUUUUCCAUAUUUAGGAUAUACUAAACCUUAUUAUAACACACACCCUCUUUUAUUAUAUAGACUGGCAAGAAAUGUCAGUCAUGCUUGUUGGGGAUAUUGCAUCUAGAGCCACUUUAUUCCAGCUCCAGUCUCUGAUUUCCUAUAAUCAUAUGGAGUAGUCAAUGAAUAGAUACACUGCUCCACCAGAGCAGUAAUACAGUCCUUUUUCUUUUAGAUAGGAGUAAGACAUUGUUUUCAGCCUUUACACUUCUUGUUUGAGCAAAAUUACCUGCAACUAUCACACGCAAUCCUGAUCUUUUCUCAGUGAAAUCUGCAAUGUCUUAGUGCUUUCCUACUAUUCAUGAAUGUAUGCUUUCUUUCUCUCCGAUUCUGCGAUGAUGUAAUCAUGGCUGUAAGUCAAGAGUUAUGCGGAGAAAGAAACAAUAACACCAGGAAAUUACAAGUAUGAGCUGUGUCAGUGCAUUUGUUCAGUAGAUCAAGGGAAACAGUAUCCUCACAUCUCUUACUUAAGCAACGCCUUUCACUUGACCUAAAUUAAGCUGUUCUGCUAUUUCAGUGUAGCUUGGAUUUCUCUUGAGUUUUAUUUAACCUACAGCAGAAGUAAGAUCUCUCCAGGGAAUUUAAAAUCUCUGGGGUUUUUUAAUAAUCUCUGGUUGUUUGUUUGUUUUUGAGGGUUUUUUAAAAUUAUUUUUCUUUUUAAAUGGUAAAAAGUCCACUGUCAUAAGAUAUUAUUAUAACCGAAAACUUUACUGGUCUUAAAAAAAAAAAAAA